ACGAGAACGGAAGUCGAUUCAAAUGUUACAGAGGACUCUUAUUUCAGAGAACAAAACAGGGGCAGGUCCUGCUUCCCAGAAUCUACAGAAGAUUGGAUCUGAAGAGCCUGAGAACGGAUUGGAGGCGAUGAAGGCAGCGCGUGAAGGGAUUCUAGAGGGUGGGGGGGAGCGGAGAGGCGCUUUAGAAACCGAGCAAGAAGGGAAGCGACAACAGUCUAUCAUCCAUGUUCGGUUGGACCACUGCAGAUGCAUAGUGGUACAUAUCAAAUUUAUAGGACUCAAAAUUGAAGGAAGAUUCAAAGAUAAUGAGGGAACCUCACAGAAGUCUCAGAAUAUCCAACACACAUCCAGGUCUGUCUUCCUGCCAAUGCCAAAUUGCAGCUGCAGUGGCCCCAUCAAAGCACAAGCUAAACUGGAGGAGGGACUUCUUGCAGUUUUACCAGCAUCUCUGCAUCAUCUGCAUAGGAAAAGGGCAAAGUUAAGGGGAUGGGUCACCAUGGUUUGUCCAAAGAUGGUAUGUGGUCCAUGUAAACUUUUCCUGCUCAUGCAAUGACAAACCUUUUCCUAGAUAUGCUUUUUCCAU